CCUGAGAGUUUGGGACAAGAGCUUCAGAUAAAGCAAACACAGGGAGAGAUUAAAUAUGCUACAGGCAGUGAGACAAAGAAAGUUCCUGUUACAUUUGUGAGGGAUAGAUAGAUAGAUAGAUAGAUAGAUAGAUAGAUAGAUAGAUAGAUAGAUAGAUAGAUAGAUAGAUAGAUAGAUGUAGGGACUGUUAUAAGAUUAACCAUGAUAAAUGGCAUCCAGUAUUGAGCAGGAAAGAGGACAAAGAAGAAUCUAGCCCAUUGUGACGGAGCAGCAGAGAUCAGAUUCUGCACUUGUUCUGUGGAAGUGGUGUUCUAAGCACAAAUCAGUGGUUGAAAUGUCUCGCAGGAAACAGAGGAAACCUCAGCAGCUCAUCUCUGACUGUGACAACUCGACCUCUUCAGAGAAUGGUGACACAGCAGGUGAAGAAGUUCAGGUAUGCAGAAAAUGCUGUGCUCAGUUUGAUGAACCUUCUGAUUUCACCAGGCACAAGGAAUGCUGUCCACUUGACAACCAGGUUGUUGUGAUUGUGGAGAACCAAGCGGAAUCUAAUAGAAAGAGCAAGCAAGCUAGCAUCAGUGAGGAGUCUCGUUCACGACCUAGCUCUCCAGAAAGCUUUGGCUCAGAAAAGAAAACAAUGGUGACUGAACAGUGCGACAGAGGAACAAGUUCUAUGGCCUCUUUGAGACAUGAAAUGGACAAAAAGGGUGUGGGUCCAUCUCAGCGCUUCCUUAUUCCCAAUGGAGGACUGAUUAUGGAUGGGAUGGCAGGACCAAAGGUGGGCUUGGCUCCAAUGAGCCAAGAAGCUGUUCCUGGGGGUCAGACUGCUUCAGCUCCCAUAAACAUUCCUAUGAUCCUGGAAGAACUCAGAGUUCUCCAGCAGAGGCAGAUACGCCAGAUGCAAAUAACAGAGCAAAUAUGUCAACAGGUACUAAUGCUUGGAUCCCUCUCCAUGACUACCCUUAAUACAACAACAUCCUCACCAGAAAGAACAACUAGCACCAGAACUUUACCUGUUUUCAGUCCAUCAAAACAAUCUGAAUGUGGUCCUGAAUCAGCAAAAACAUUUUGCAGAGAUGAAACUUCCAAACAGACUUUUCUUCAUCUCUACAAUCACAUUGGGCAAACAUUUGGAGCCAGAAGCAUUCCUAAUGUAAAGGACAAACUGAUGAGUGGGUUUGGUGACAAGUCAAUUCCAGGGCAAGCUUCUCUUCCAACCUCACCAUCAAGUCAACUUAUUUCUCCACAUGCAAUUUUCCCACCAGGUUUACCUACCUUGCCAGCUGGAUUAUUUUUAGGGGCAAGAGUACUGGAGAAUGCCCCAAGCCUUUUAAAGCAAAAAAAUAGUGAUUCCCUACGUGGUGAAAGUCAGCAAGAAAGGUCAUCAGGAAAGCAUAAAUGUCGUUUCUGUGCAAAAGUUUUCGGCAGUGACAGUGCCCUCCAAAUUCACUUGCGCUCUCACACUGGAGAAAGACCAUACAAAUGCAACAUAUGUGGAAACCGAUUUACUACUAGAGGCAAUCUUAAAGUGCACUUUCAUCGGCAUCGUGAAAAGUACCCUCAUAUACAAAUGAACCCACAUCCUGUUCCUGAACAUUUGGACUAUGUUUUGACUAGUACAGGACUACCGUAUGGCAUGUCAGUACCUCCAGAGAAGGCAGAAGAAGAGACAAUAGAAAAGAAGCCAGUAGUACCUCCAAUAAUGGCCACAGAGGGCUUAAACCUAUUCCCAAGCUCAGGUACUCAAGGUCUACAUUCAAUUAACAAACUGGUACUUAUGAAAGCAGAUGAUGGCUCUGGUGCACUAAAGGCUCCCAAUGUUUGUGCAAAAACAAAGUCUGAUGAAAACACCCCUCCAGUUGAAAGGACAGGGACUGGAGGAACUGAUGUUACUGGAAGAAUGCAACUUAGCAAGCUUGUUACCUCCCUUCCAAGUUGGGCAUUGUUAGCUAGUCACUUUAAAUCUGGAAACUUCCCUUUUUCAUAUACUGUAGAACCACUGGGAUAUUCAGAGACUUCAAAACUCCAACAAUUGGUAGAAAAAAUAGACAAGCAAGCAACUGUGCCUAACCAGUGUGUCAUCUGCUUAAGAGUGUUAAGUUGUCCCAGGGCACUUAGACUUCAUUAUAACCAACAUGGCGGGGAGAGGCCAUUCAAGUGUAAGAUAUGUGGGCGUGCCUUCUCAACAAAGGGAAAUUUAAAAGCCCAUUUUGUAGGUCAUAAAUCCAGUUUAUCCUCAAAGCCUCAAAAUUCAUGUCCAAUUUGCCAGAAAAAGUUUACCAAUGCUGUUACUCUCCAACAGCAUAUAAGGAUGCAUCUUGGUGGACAGAUACCAAAUGGAGAUAUACCCCAUGGAGGUAGCAGCAAAACAGAUUCCAUAGAAGAGAAGACUACUCCAGACUUUUCAGAUGAGAUCAGCACCGAUGAAGACUCUUUGGAUGCCAGUGAAUCAGAGAGUGAAAAGGCAGCACUAAGAGAGUCAGAGAUAUCAAGCAUGGAUGAUGAUGCUGCAGCCUCUGCUGUGAAGAAGAAUAAUGAGAAUAGCUCAUCCCCCCCUGCCACUGUUCAACAUGUUCCAUUUACAGCCAUUGAAGUAGUUACACCAUCAGAAACUAGUAUAACGACUACACCAGCUGCUGAAGCAGCUCUAAAAAAAGAAACAAGUGAUCCUUUAAGGAAAGAAGAUGAUAAAACAGAGAUAGACCAGAGUUCUGAAAAUGCAACAAUUCAAGUUCAAAAUGAUACAGAAAGUAAGCAAGAGCCAGAGACAGAUAUGAGUGACAUGCCAGAAGGAAGCCCAAGUAAAGAAGAAGCCCACACCUGUGACCUCUGUUGUGAAAAACUGCCCAGUAUGGAGUCUCUGGGAGAACACAUGAAAUGCCACACCAAAGAUGGGCUGUUCCAUUGCUUGGUUUGUAAGCAGAGCUUCCUGGAGGCAUCCAUACUGACGAAGCAUGUGCUACAUGCACACCAGGUGAGACAAAAUUUCCCUCCUCAGCCAGUCAGCAGUCCCAAACACCCAAAUGCAGACUUGCCAACUCCAGCCCAAACAUUUCUGGUGAGCGCAGUGAAGAGUGAAGUGUUAAGCCCACCCCAGACAUUGGCACUGGUCCAGCUUCCACGGCUGCCGGUUCCUUCUUCCCUGUCCCCUCCUUUGAGACGCAGCCCUAAGCAGCAUCUGUGCGUAGUAUGUAAGAAGACGUUCUCCUCGGCCAGUGCUUUGCAGAUUCAUGAGAGGAUACAUACAGGAGAGAAGCCUUUUACCUGCAAUAUGUGUGGAAGGGCGUUCACCACACGAGGGAACCUAAAGGUCCACAUGAGUACUCAUGUAUGGAAUAAUAGCACAUCCAGAAGAGGAAGACGGCUCUCUUUGGAUAACCUUGGUCCUUUACUCUCAGGAACCCCAGUGAGGCUGCAGGAUUUCCUGUCUAGAGAUAUUCCUACACAACUGGUUGGAGUUAGUCCACUAUCAUUUUGGAACCAAUACACUGCUUAUCUCACAAGUGGACCUCCACCAUCAAAUGUUAACAUUACGUCCACAGCUGCUGUCAUCUCACCUCCACUUUCGAUUGGCUUGCAGACGGCUAAAGUUGAGCACAUCCCCACUGGAGCAUUAAUAGAAGUCAAGGAAAAGAAAUCAAGUGGAACAGAGGCUUUAUGUGGGAGUCGAGUAAAGGAAGAGAAGUAGACUAGUGCUCCUAAACUCACAGAACAGAGAAUGUGAUUUCAAUAUUACUGAGUCUACUCUCUAUAUAUAAAUGAUUACUCCGUAAUCAACUAUGGGUUUAAAGACUUACUUAGAGAGUGCAUUUUCUCUUGACACUUAACUAAAAUAGUUGCACUGUUUUCUAUUAGUUUUCAAUCUAUGAAAAUCCAAUAAAGUCUCAAUGAGAUAUGGAAAAGGGCUAAUAAUUAGUAACCCCAUAUGUCCCAAUUUACCAGGGACCAUCCUGGUUUUUUACACAUUAAAACUUAAAUUUGAGAAACGUUUUUCCCUUAGUAACCAUGUUAAACAAUGAUUAAGUGGGUGAGUGGAUACCAAUUCCUAGAUUGGAUUUAGUUAAAUAAAUAUUGAAAAAACAUUGUGGAUGGAGCAGCUUGUCAUUUUAAAUGGCUGUAUCGAUUUAUUUUUGCUCAUAAAGAAAUGGACUCCUCACUCCCUAGUUUUUGAGAAAGGAGCAUAGACUGUGUAAUACUAUCCACUACUUACUUAGGUAUACAAUACAAUGGCAAAUAUUACACAUGGAAUGAAGACACAUUAACAUAUUUCUCUGAAAGAAACCAGUGUGGAAAACUUUCUAAAGAAUGAAUAGCAUCUGUGCAAAGCUCAGACACAAGUAAGGGACAUGAACACUAGAACUAACCAACAGCCGGCAUCCUGUCCCCAUUGUUUCCUAUAACCUCUACCUACACAUUGCAAAUUUAUAUUUUGGACAUUUUAUCUUCUACAAGUUGAUGUUGACUGCUACAGAAAAACAUACCCAGUCUACAAGUAAAGUGAAUUUUUCCAUAUACAGCAGAAAAAUCUAUAAAAAUGUUUCAGUGCAGUCUGCUCUGCAUAUCUGCAUCUUGAUGCAGCAGAUGAAGGAGACUUAAGGGGUUGAUCUGGCUUGGAAGCUUGAAUAAUAAGGAAUAAUAGCAACCGAUACAUGACAAUGCUCAGGUUGUAAGGAGAGCAAAUUAAACACUGAGCGCAAGAUGUUCCAAACAUAGUAACGUCUUUGGCAAACUUUACAUCUGUAUGUGUGAAAGCAUAACCUUGGUUUUCAUACAUGAACAGCUCAUAUUGUUGCUAUAUAUUUGCUUUGUGCCAGACUACAUUCAGAAAAUACAUUUAGUUAGAGGCUAUGUAGAGAUAAAGCAUUAAUUCUGUUUUCCUUAGUAUGGUGCAUAUGCUGAUGUUAUUAAUAACAAUACUCCUACUGCCAAACUUUAUAUAUUCAUGGAGACCAUGGCUGUUAUUUGAAUACCGCUACCUUCUUUACCUUUGCUUGUCUGCUUUAUUAAACUUUUAGGGAAUGUACUGGAAAAGUGCUGGUUCUAUUAGGACAAAAGGAAGCUGGAUUUACAAGAGAGUAGAUUAUUGAUAAAAUAGUUUCCAUAUGAAAUGUUUUCUCUUAAUAAAAGUAAUCUCUUUAAUAAAUCAGAUUGACAAUUUUAUUCUAAUGCUUUAUAUGUUUGCAACAUACUUGCCAACUUUUGAAGAACCUCUUGCUGGACAGUCUUGGCGGGGUAGAAAUCGCUUUGUGUCAUCAUGGCCCUAUCUCAAUACACAGUUUUGUACAGUGGGGAAGGGGUCAAAACUACAUAAUUGAAUAUGAAUUGCAUCAAUAAACCUCAAGAGUGCCCCACUCUCUCUCUCUCUCUCUCUCUCUCUCUCUCUCUCUCGUUUGUGAGAGCCUCCAAAAUGUAGGUAUCGCCCAGAUAUUCCAGGAGAGUUGUUAUGGUUUGCAAUAUGGGACAGUUAUGAAAACUGGUGCUCAGGUAACUGUGCAAAAUGGUGCUUUUAUCCAUAUAAACCAACCAGAGUGUAAUUGUCAUGUAGUACAGAACAGAAAUAAAGGCAAAUGUCUGAUUGGUAAA